AUGCGUGUGUAUGUUUGUGCUCAUGACUGUGUAUCUGUUGGAGGGAGCUACAUCAUGGGUACUGCAGAGACUGUGUACUUUCCCUCUCAAGGUCUCAUCUGGGCUCUGGGGCGGCUGGCUUAUCUCAUCACCUCCCUAUUGGGUAAGAAGCACAAAGAGAGCUUAUCAGCAGUCAGCUGCACUGCUAGCAUUAGCAUGAGCAAAACACCAUCCACUAACACAGGUUGUAAGCAUUAGCAUUAACAACACGAUAGCAUUAGCAUGAGCAACACACCAUCCACUAAAACAAAUCAAAUCAAAUCAAAUGUUAUUGGCCACAUGCACCGAAUACAACAGGUGCAGACAUUACAGUGAAAUGCUUACUUACAGCCCUUAACCAACAGUGCAUUUAUUUUUAAUAAAAAAGUAGAAUAAAACAAAAAAGUGUUGAGAAAAAAAGAGCAGAAGUAAAAUAAAAUAACAGUAGGGAGGCUAUAUAUACAGGGGGGUACCGGUGCAGAGUCAAUGUGCGGGGGCACCGGCUAGUUGAGGUAGUUGAAGUAAUAUGUACAUGUGGAUAGAGGUAAAGUGACUAUGCAUAAAUAAUUAACAGAGUAGCAGCAGCGUAAAAAGAUGGGGUGGGGGGGGGGCAGUGCAAAUAGUCUGGGUAGCCAUGAUUAGCUGUUUAGGAGUCUUAUGGCUUGGGGCUAGAAGCUGUUGAGAAGUCUUUUGGACCUAGACUUGGCACUCCGGUACCGCUUGCCGUGCGGUAGCAGAGAGAACAGUCUAUGACUAGGGUGUCUGGAGUCUUUGACAAUUUUGAGGGCCUUCCUCUGACACCGCCUGGUAUAGAGGUCCUGGAUGGCAGGAAGCUUGGCCCCAGUGAUGUACUGGGCCAUACGCACUACCCUCUGUAUUGCUUUACGGUCGGAGGCCAAGCAGUUGCCAUACCAGGCGGUGAUGCAACCAGUCAGGAUGCUCUCGAUGGUGCAGCUGUAUAAUUUUUUGAGGAUCUGAGGACCCAUGCCAAAUCUUUUCAGUCUCCUGAGGGGGAAUUGGCUUUGUCGUGCCCUCUUCACGACUGUCUUGGUGUGUUUGGACCGUGAUAGUUUGUUGGUGAUGUGGACACCAAGGAACGUAAAGCUCUCAACAUGUUCCACUACAGCCCCGUCGAUGAGAAUGGGGGCGUGCUCAGUCCUCUUUUUUUUCCUGUAGUCCACAAUCAUCUCCUUUGUCUUGGUCACGUUGAGGGAGAGGUUGUUAGCCUGGCACCACAUGGCCAGGUCUCUGACCUCCUCCCUAUAGGGUGUCUCAUCGUUGUCGGUGAUCAGGCCUACCACUGUUGUGUCGUCGGCAAACUUAAUGAUGGUGUUGGAGUCGUGCCUGGCCAUGCAGUCAUGGGUGAACAGGGAGUACAGGAGGGGACUGAGCACGCACCCCUGAGGGGCCCCCGUGUUGAGGAUCAGUGUGGCAGAUGUGUUGUUACCUACCCUUACCACCUGGGGGCGGCCCGUCAGGAAGUCCAGGAUCCAGUUGCAGAGGGAGGUGUUUAGUCCCAGGAUCCUUAGCUUAGUGAUGAGCUUUGAGGGCACUAUGGUGUUGAAUGCUGAGCUGUAGUCAAUGAAUAGCAUUCUCACAUAGGUGUUCCUCUUGUCCAUGUGGGAAAGGGCAGUGUGGAGUGCAAUAGAGAUUGCAUCAUCUGUGGAUCUGUUGGGGCGGUAUGCAAAUUGGAGUGGGUCUAGGGUUUUGGGAUAAUGGUGUUGAUGUGAGCCAUGACCAGCCUUUCAAAGCACUUCAUGGCUACAGACGUCAGUGCUACGGGUCGGUAGUCAUUUAGGCAGGUUAUCUUAGAGUCCUUGGGUACGGGGACUAUGGUGGUCUGUUUGAAACAUGUUGGUAUUACAGACUCAGUCAGGGACAUGUUGAAAAUAUCAGUGAAGACACUUGCCAGUUGGUCAGCACAUGCUCGGAAUACACGUCGUGGUAAUCCGUCUGGCCCUGCGGCCUUGUGAAUGUUGACCUGCUUAAAAGUCUUACUCACAUCGGCUACGGAGAGUGUGAUAACAUAGUCAUCCGGAACAGCUGGUGCUCUCAUGCAUGCUUCAGUGUUGCUUGCCUCGAAGCGAGCAUAGAAGUGGUUUAGCUCGUCUGGAAGUAGUCCCUUUGUAGUCUGUAAUAGUUUUCAAGCCCUGCCACAUCUGACGAGCGUCAGAGCCGGUGUAGUACGAUUUAAUCUUAGUCCUGUAUUGACUCUUUGCCUGUUUGAUGGUUCGUCGGAGGGCAUAGCGGAAUUUCUUAUAAGCGUCCGGGUUAGAGUCCCGCUCCUUGAAAGCGGCAGCUCUACCCUUUUGCUCAGUGCGGAUGUUGCCUGUAAUCCAUGGCUUCUGGUUGGGGUAUGUACGUACGGUCACUGUGGGGACGACAUCAUCGAUGCACUUAUUGAUGAAGCCAGUGACUGAUGUGGUGUACUCCUCAAUGCUAUCUGAAGAAUCCCGGAACAUGUUCCAGUCUGUGCUAGCAAAACAGUCCUGUAGCUUAGCAUCUGCAUCAUCUGACCACUUUUUUAUUAACCAAGUCACUGGUGCUUCCUGCUUUAGUUUUUGCUUAUAAGCAGGAAUCAGGAGGAUAGAGUUAUGGUCAGAUUUGCCAAAUGGAGGGCGAGGGAGAGCUUUGUAUGCGUCUCUGUGUGUGGAGUAAAGGUGGUCUAGAGUUUUUUUUUCCUCUGGUUGCACAUUUCACAUGCUGGUAGAAAUUAGGUAGAACUGAUUUAAGUUUCCCUGCAUUAAAGUCCCCGGCCACUAGGAGCGCUGCCUCUGGAUGGGCGUUUUCCUGUUGACUUAUGGCCUUAUACAGCUCAUUGAGUGCAAUCUUAAUGCCAGCAUUGGUUUGUGGUGGUAAAUAGACAGCUCUGAAAAAUAUAGAUGAAAACUCUCUUGGUAAAUAGUGUGGUCUACAGCUUAUCAUAAGAUACAUUUACAUUUACAUUACAUUUUAGUCAUUUAGCAGACGCUCUUAUCCAGAGCGACUUACAGUUAGUGAGUGCAUACAUCAUUUUUUAUUUUUCAUACCCCCAUGGGAAUCGAACCCACAACCCUGGCGUUGCAAACGCCAUGCUCUACCAACUGAGCUACAUCCCUGCCGGCCAUUCCCUCCCCUACCCUGGACGACGCUGGGCCAAUUGUGCGCCGCCCCAUGGGUCUCCCGGUCACGGCCGGCUACGACAGAGCCUGGAUACGAACCAGGAUCUCUAGUGGCACAGAUAGCACUGCGAUGCAGUGCCUUAGACCACUGCGCCACUCGGGAGUUGAUACUCUACCUCAGGCGAGCAAAACCUCGAGACAUCCUUAGUAUUUGAUUUUGUGCACCAGCUGUUGUUUACAAAUAUACACAGACCGCCACCCCUUGUCUUACCGGAGUCAGCCGUUCUAUCCUGCCGAUGUAGCGUAUAGCCCGCUAGUUGUAUGUUGUCCAUGUCGUCGUUCAGCCACGACUCGGUGAAACAUAAGAUAUUACAGUUUUUAAUGUCCCGUUGGUAGGAUAACCGUAAUCUUAAGUCAUCCAAUUUAUUCUCAAAUGAUUGAAGAUUGGCUAAUAGGAUUGAUGGGAGCGGCAGUUUACUCGCUCGCCGUCGGAUCCUUCCAAGGCACCCCGACCUACGUCCACGAUAUCUCCGUCUCUUCCUCAUACGAAUGACGGGGAUUUGGGCCUUGUCGGGUGUCUGUAGUAUAUCCUUCGCGGCCGCCUCGUUGAAGAAAAAAUCUUCGUCCAAUACGAGGUGAGUAAUCGCUGUCCUGAUAUCCAGAAGCUCUUUUUGGUUAUAAGAGACGAUGGCAGAAACAUUAUGUACAAAAUAAAUUACAAAUAACGUGGAAAAACAUACAUAAUAGUACAAUUGGUUAGAGGGCUGUAAAACGGCAGCCUUCUUCUCCGGCGCCAUUAUUAUUGCUAGCGUUAGCAUUAGCAAAACACCGUCCACCCAUUCAGGUUGCAAGCAUUAGUAUUAACAACACGAUAGCAUUAGCAACACAUCAUCCACUAAACACACUAACACAGGUACUCCAGUAUCCCUGCACGUUGUAAAAAUGGAACUGGAACUGACCCUGGAUGUGUAUAUGUAGCUUCUUACUUUCUCGUGUUCUUCUUAUUUUUAUUUCUCGUGUGUUUUUGUUCUACUUCAUAUAAUUUUUUGCCAGUACAUUGAUAUUGAUUACUGCAUUGUUGGGCUUGGACAUUAAAACUUGACACUUCUGUAGCUCGUAUUAGCAUUAGCUACACACAAUACAUUAACAUAGGCAGCUAGCAUUAGCAACAUACCACCCACUAACACAGGUAUUAGCCUCAGCAGCACAACAUCCACUAGCUGGCAGCAGGCCGUAUGAAUAUCGCUCAUUAGCGAUAUACACCUGCUUAUCAUUACUUAGGCUUACUUACUUAAUGAUGCUGACUUGAUUAUCUCCUUAGGGAAAUGUUAUUUGGCAUCAUGUAUGCACAGAGAGAUGUGGGAUUUCAUUACUGUUCUGUCUUUUAUACGUUUUCUAAACCAUGUUUUCUAAAUACAAUGUGCCAAUGAGAUCACAGCGCUACUUGACAAUGAUGGACCGGUUUCAGCGUCGCUAUGGAAACUCCUUCACCACGGCAUUACUGCUUCCCGCCCUGAUUAGUGACGUGCUCUGGGUGGCCAGCAUCCUCGCUGCCCUGGGUCAGUAACCCCCGACCUCUGACCCUCAAACUAAUGGUUGGUUAUUGAUGAACUCUGCGUCCAAGCAAAGGAUUAUAAACUUUUGUGUGUGCGUGCGUCUGUGUGUGUGUGUGUGUGUGUGUGUGUGUGUGUGUGUGUGUGUGUGCGUGCGUGCGUGCGUGCGUCUGUGUGUGUGUGUGUGUGUGUGUUGCAGGAGGGAUAAUGAGUGUGAUUCUGGGCCUGUCCUCCUCCUAAUCCAUUGCUCUGUCUGCAGCAGUAACCAUCACCUACACAGUGCUGGGAGGGCUCUACACAGACUUCAUCCAACUAUUCUUCAUCUUCAUCAGUCUGGUGAGCGACACAGAGAGGUUUUCCACUUCUCAGUCAAAACACAGAGUAGACGAUAUCAGAGAUGUUCACAAGUCUUCGAGGUAGAGUCCAAGUCAAGUCUCAAGUCUUUUAGGGCCAAGUCUAAGUCAAGUCUCAAGUCUUUUAGGGCCAAGUCUAAGUCAAGUCACAAGUCCCUUUUGGCAAUGGCUUUCUGCUUGCUGUGGGUUAGGUCUAUAAACCUUGUAAAUGAUUUGAAGAGACUCCCUUCAUUAGUCCAUACUUGUAUGAAAGAAAGCACAUCAGGCACAAUUUAAAUCAAAAUAAAUGUCCUUUUAAAAAUGUAGACAGUUUACAUGAAUGAAAGUAACUGUACCGGAUAUGGUAAAAAAGCUAACAUGACAUUUUAAAGUGCGUGGUAUUUUGUGGCAGACAUUGUCUAUAUUUCACUUCAUUCUGUCACACAAACAGAACAUCUGUAGGGGAGGGAAGAUAAAUGACAAGUAUAAAUGUAAACUAAAAUGACUGAUAACUGUUCAAUAACUGCCCUACUAAAGUGAUCUAUUACCUAAAAUAUACUUACUGACCUGGACACUUAACAACAGGAACACCAUUUCCUGUAACAAGUAGCAAAUUACGUCCUGUGCCCUAAGACGGAGAACAUUUCUGUUGCAGACCGGUUACAUUUCAGAAAGAUCAAGUUUGUCAGCGUUCUUGCGCUGACCCUGGCACGAUGAGGGCGCACGAUGAGGCCUCCGUGACUAAACACUCUCUCCACUGGGGGCACUGGUGGCAGGCACAGCCAACACUGUCAUUGCUACUGCUUGAGCCUUGGAAAGUCUUUCGCAUGGAUUCUCCAAAAUCUUGAAUGUAGCGAAUAAUCUCUGCUCUGACAGAUGACUUUAUGUCUCCUUUCUUCUUGCUGAUCUUGUUGCCGUAGACAACAGUCUGGAGGUUUUGGCAGGUGGUUGUUCUUCUUCUCCACUACUGCUCUCCGUAACGGUGACUUUCCGUGUCUCAGCGAAAACAAGGUCUGAAAUAAAUACAUAAAAUGAUGUAUAUAAAUCAAGAAUAUAACAGGAUACAUUAUACAUGAAAACAAAUCAUUAUUAUUUGAAUGCAAGUGGCAUAGAAAAUAAUGUUGCAUGUUGCAAUGCAUUGUACCUACCAAUCAGACUCUCCUUCAAUUCAGCUUUAUCUUCAUGUGGUAUGAGGACAUCAUGAUCAAGCCAGAACAGGCAGAAAGAUGGGUCCUGCAGUGCAGCCAUUAUGUAUACAUUGUCACCAAAUGGGCGUUUUGUUGCCUGUUCAUCCGAGUGCUCCAUUCUGACAUUCGCACACAUCCCCUGGAAUCGGCGUUUGAGGGACUGCUGCAGUGCUUUUACUAGACUGACUAGGUGACGACUUGUGCUCAGUAUACUUUGCAGAUGAUAGUUGAGUGACAGUACACAAGGAAGGGCAGCACUGAGAGUCACCACUUUCUCCCCCCUGAGUAAGGUCGGUGGCCUGGACAAAAUGUCAAAAUGUCCACUAGCUCCAAUAGCUGGCUCCAUUCCCUUGGUGAUAAGCAGAGCUCCUUGUGUCCUUGGGACUCAAGUAGAGUAUUGAGGCUUUGUUGAUUCCGAUUGGUGACUGCUUUAACAGGAUGGAAUUCCUUCUGGUAGACACAGCAGCAGGGAUACUACGAUUGGCUCCCGAACUCAGCUUCAAAUGCUUCUUUCAGACCACAGGUAGUAUGUAGUAAGCUGCAAAGUUUAGUUACCUUAGCCGUCACACUGUUUAUGAUUGUUGUUUCCUUUAGUCCAUCUCUAAUCACCAGUUGUAAUGAAUGGGCAAAGCACUGUAAGCGCUGUUGCCUGCAGUUGGUUUGGAUAGCUUCAACAUCAGCAUUGUACUCUUCACCAAAUUCUUCCCAUAGGCUGGGGUUAUCCACAUCAUCAUCAUCAUCAUCAUCAUGAUCAUUGCUUGCUUUGGGGAAACAAACUGUGAAGGCCUUUUUCAUAUUUGCAGCGUUAUCACAUAUGAUAUAAUCUAAUUUAUGUUUUAUGCCAAAAUUAUCACAUAUUACUUCAAAUGUAUCACUGAUUCUUUCCCCAGUGUGUGACCCUGUGAAUCUAUCACAGCUCAACAGAACUGACUCCAGUCUGGGAGUUUUUUUCUCUUCCGUGGCCAUGUAAUGGGCCGUUACUCCCAUGAAGCCCCUCAUGGUCCUGUCAGUCCAUAUAUCUACAGCGACAGACACUGAUUCUGUCUUCUCAGGCACUUUGAUUGUAGCCUCUUUGUUCAGUGUUAAGUCAUGCAGGCGCCUGGUCACGUGGCCUACUUACUGGUCUAUAUUUGUCAUCUACCACUGACAUAAAUGCCUAAAGUAAGGGUUGUCCACUAAGGACAUAGGCAGUUGCAGGAAAAUGAUCAGGUCUUGCAGUAUAGCCUCUGUUUAUGGCCUUCUUACCUGGGGUGGCCCUGGCUGUACACAUGGACACCUGUGGUGGUCAAGAAUGAGUCAAUGCUGCUCUGUCCUUCUGUCCCUGCGCUGGCCACCUUUGCUUUGCAGAAUUCAGUGAACCUGCAGAUGAACAACAUGAUGGAUAGUUGCAGAUACAUUCGCUUUCUGGUUCUCAACCCAGCAUCCUUGGAGGUCACACUCCACAGCCUUUUUCAACCAAUCACAGCAGGCGCCCUGGAUGGGCGAACUGAAGUUGGAGGAUGCUGGGAAAUGGAUAGAUGAGCUGUCACGUUUGUGUGUGUGUGUGUGUAUGUGUGUAUGAGCAUGUGUGUGUGUGUGUGCAUCAGAUUGCUUGCUGAUUCAAUGUGGAGGGAAAAAACAUCAGAUGGGGACUUUAGGUAGUUUUGGGUUAAGUAGCUAGGGUCAGUGUAAGGUUUGUUUUGGUAGAUAUUGGUUGUUAGGAUUAAGCUGCAUUUCUGAAAAUGUUUAGUUCUCAUCUUUCACGCCACGGUAUACUGUAUUCUGGAACCUCCACUAGGGGGUGCUCAUGAGUAACAGUGGGGUCCCUAAAGAUUGCCUCAAAUAUGCACAUGAGCAAAAUAAAUUAUUUCAUGAUAUAUUAUGUAUGUUCAAAACAUUUUUUUUUGUUUGAACAUGAGCUAAAACAUUUACAACCAGUCCUAGACUAUGUCUUUAAAAUGUCAGUAGCAGAACUAUAGACAACACAGGGGGGUUGGUGGCACCUUAAUUCGAGAGAAUGGGCUCGUGCUAAUGGCUGGAGCGGAAUUAUAUCUAAUACAUCAAACACGUGGUUUCCAUGGUUUCCAUGUGUUUGAUGCCAUUCCAUUCGCUCCGUUCCGGCCAUUAUUAUGAGCCGUCCUCCCCUCAGCAGCCUCCUGUGGUAGACAACAAAGUCUCCAAAGUCUUUGAUCCCAACAAACCUUUAUGUUUUGACCCCAUACAAGGGUGGGGAAGGAAUAAUAGUGUAGUGUGUGUAUGCGUGUGUGGUGUGUGUGUGUGUGUGUGUGUGUUCAGGUCUGUCCACAGGGGUGUAG